GUGAAACAUAUAUGGACAAUGAAAUCCAUCAGGUGCGUCACUACAAUAUCACAGCAUCAUGCAUCCGAUGUUCCUUUAUAAUAGGUUCAACUUACUGUUCUCAGUACUCUCCACUCUUUCAUUGAACUCCAUGGCCUUAUUCUAUCCCACUGAGUUAUAUGUGACUACUCACCACAGAGCACUUGCUGUAGAACAACCCCUCCCCGAAACCCUUCGUCGCACGUCCCUCCUAACGAGGGUACUCUGUUUUUUGGCACUUGGACGCCCAGAUCUUGAUGAUCAUUGGAAGUCGCUGCAAUCAGAGAGAGCCUUCGAAACCGUUAGGAGCAGGUCAUGCUCUAUCCUGACCAGCACUAUCACCACAGCAACUGUCCUCCUAGCUACAAGUGGUGUUUUCGUCAGUACGGGCUCUCCUGUGCCGUACUUUGAUUAUUCAUCACCUGCUCCCUAUUGUCUACUCCUUAUGUCUCUCAUGCUCGCCAUGAUUGCGAUGUUGAUAUCCGGCUCGAGCACGGUACGUUGGCUACACACCGAUCGCCACUGGACUCAAGAACAACUCACGGAAGGCGACUACUUCGUCUUGUCCUACCUGUUGUCGAUAGUCACGCCUAUAUUCUUCGUUGUCUUAUCCCUGAAUUGUUUUAUGUUUGCGAUGUUGAUAGCAGGCUUUUCCUCUCGAAGUAUGGUCUACCGCACCGUCACUACGCUCUAGCUGGUCACAUACGUUGUCAACAUUGGGGCAAUAUUCAUGGAAUUUAUGUGGAAAUAUGCAAAAGGGCAUCAAAUCACGCUAAAUGUCGAUAGUAGUUUCCACUUUGUUCAUUCUUAGUCCCGAAUCGUGAUAUUGUACACUGUAAUCGAC